AGCCUCCAGCUGAAGACCAGAAUGUAGUGACUACAGUGAAUGCAGUGUCAAGAAAGCAAUAAACCCAACUUAUGCCCAGCUUAUAGUCUUACAGAAAUUCAAGGGUUUUUUUAUUUAUAAUAUGCUUCGCUGUUUGUUUAAUUUUUGCAGGUUACGUCAUCUUGUCCAUUUUUUUGGGUUUUGUGUGUGUUUUUCUCGCAAUUAUCUUCAAGUACGCGAAGAUUUUUUUGUCACCAGAGAUGUGGAAUGCAUACAAACAGAGGAUAAUUGCAUUCCUGUAAGUUAAAACAUUAUCGUUACACGAUUUUCUUAGUCCAUCUCAAUUUUUCGGAGUCGAAUAAUAGAAGGGCGGUCUUCAUGAAGCUCGGUGAAGGGCCUCGCCCUUUCAGCUUUAAUACUUGUUACUGCAAUUAUCCAAUGGAGCCUCUACAAGAAAACAUCCACGUGUCUAGUGAGAAGAGUAGACUUCAGAAAACCUCGGACUCAGAUAGUUAAAAGGUCAUGAUUGCAAUCAGUUCGUGUACAUUCGUAUCAUAUCUUGCAUAAACUCGUUAAGCGUUUGUCCCAUUUGUACCUGGUAUACAGCCUUAAACGUUUCUCUAGUUUUCCCAUAUCUCAAGUGGAUAAAGCGCCGUUGGGUGUUUGGGAUGUUGGAGAAUGGAAUCCUGUAUGGCACCCAAAACUUUGGCAUUUUUGACGAGUGUUAUCCAUCUCGACGGAUUAUCCGUCGGAUAAUUCAUCUCAGACAAGGAAUCCGUGUGCGAAAGUGGGACGGUUUUUAAUUUUGGGGAAUAAUCUGCCUGGCCAUCCCUUCUUGGUAUGAUUAUACUCGUCUCUUUAUUUUUCUUUAUUUUGUUAUUUCGGAUUUGGAUACGGAUUAUCUGCCUUACAUGAAGCCUGAGAAAACAGUCGACGUUUCGCGGAGCAACCAACAGUUUCUUCUUCGAGCGAAGAAAUUCCAUACUGAUGACAUGUCACUACCCUCAGGAUGGAAUUUCUGCGCUCGUCCUUCAGUCCUCAUUUCGCGAGGAAAGCAUCCUGGUGGCGUCGCAAAAUGUCGGCUUUUUUCUGAGGCUAAAAAACAUGGACAAUACAUCCACGUCAGCAGUAUGAAAACGGCCUUUGUGUCCCAUUAUUCUGAAGUGCCCAUUGUUAGCCGUUUUCACCCUAGAGACGGAUAAUCCGUCAUCACAAUCAGUCUAUCCAUUUCAAGCGUGAAAGCUGUCAUUAGGGAAACGUUUCUUAUUUUCAGAUUAACCACUCUUACUUUCGUUAACAGACCAACAGUGAGCAUGGUUGUUUUCUUGGUGGUGUUCCAGUUGUUCCUAGCUCACUUCGUUUUCCGAAACAGAGAUUUUCCAGACAUAACCGUUACUGUGGAUAACAGGUACAUUUAUACCCUACCACUGUAUGUCUUGAGACUGUAUACGCCCAAUAUUAUGCAGAUUUAGAAAAGACAAUGUGACGACAGUGACGGCGAUGGCUUUAGAGAAAGAUUAGAGGAAAGCAUGGGGGACAGUAGCAAGCCAACUGUUGAAGACGCUGCCGUGGUUAUUCUGACUGAAAACGACGUACCUUCUGCAUCAGGAUUUUUUUGAAUUCUGUACUGUGAUAGUGAAGAUUAGUUGCAUUUCUGAAACUCUUGAUAGUGACCUUUAGAUUCGAGGACGAGAACGAAUACGAGUACGAGAUUCAACUUAAUUUUUUUUCGCCUAUUCUAAAAAAUAGACGCCCCGAAAAGCUUCAUUGUACCUUUUUUUUUUUUUUCAUUAGAAAAUAUAGCACUGUUAUAUUUAUUGAAGGAGGUUAAGCCCUCUGUCGAUCGCAAAAUGAUUAAACUUCUAACAUUUGAUAACUUGUUCCCGCCACUACGACAUUCUCGCUAGAAUUUGUAGUAGAAUGACGACGUCUACCAAGUUUUCCCGCCAAAGUGAUGUUGGUUCACGCGUGCGCACUACUCACCAUUGAGGAAAUCUCGUACUCGUAGUCGAACUCGUCUUAGAAUCUUAAGGUCUUUAUUGCAGUCUGGAACGCAAUGGUUGUAGUGCCCUAUCAGGGUAGUCUUUUAUGGUGUCCCUCUAAAUGAAUGAGGAAGCUUUGUGGUCGCACAUCAUAUACUCGUUUAGAACACUUUGUCCCAAACGUUUUGGCCUGGGUUGAAGUUUUUUUCUUUUCACUUAGAAAUUAAUUAAAGGAAAUUAUUAAAAUUGACAGAUCUAGAGAUAAGGAAUAGCAUUUGUUUAAGUUCUUUAAGUCCAGUCUAAAUGUAAACUUCUUAGCGAUGUCGUUGUUUUUUGUUUUUUUUUUUCUUUCAGACGAUUGUUUUCCAUUAUGUCAUACUUCUUUUUCUUCUACAACGUAAUUGUUGGAUUGUUUGCUUGCGUCAUGCGCAUUUUGAAAGGAAUGAUCCUGGGAACUGUGUUUUUGUCUCGUAUUGACCGGACAUCACUGAUGCAGGGAUUCCAGACUUUGGACCAGGGUACGUACACAUAAUUGAAGUUAUAAUGAUGAUGAUGAUGACGACGACGACAACGACGACGACGACGACGACGAUGAUGAUGAUGAUGAUGAAGAUGAUGAUGAAGAUAAUGACGAUGAAAAUGACGAUUUCAAUGAUGAUGAAGAUGCAAAAAUGCCAAACCAUUCAUUACUGCUGGCGCGCUUGGGAAGUUGACCCCAGAACUUCGCAAGCAUACCGAUUUUAGAGAGUUGUGAGGGCCUGUGUUGCCAAUGAAAGGCCCCAUAUUUCCGAAAAGUAACCCAUGGCAGGUAGUAACGGUAGCUAUGUCGCACAUAGGUUGGCAACAUACAUGUAUGAGAACCAGGCUUAGUCAUUUUAACGUGGUUGUUGUUGUUGUUUUAAUUAUAAGUGCGAAAAACUUGAUCAAUUGUUUGCGGCUUCUGAUUCAUACAACUCUUCAGUACUUUGUGAUAGAUGUCUAUGAAAUAAAUCACUACUUCUACAGUACUUUAUAGAACCCUAUUAUCUCCACGUUUUUCAAUCGCUUGUUUGCUAACCUACCCGUGACUGCAUACUUUAGCUCAAUCAGCUAUUAGUGCACCAUAAAAUACACAAAGAGUGAUUAUAACUGUUUCCUUUUAGCCUUUGUAGCGUACCUUGGAUUUAUCAACGUUCUUGUGGCGCACAGCCAUCCCGUGAUGCUGGUGUUCUGUCAACUGUUGAUUAAAAGAAAGAAAGGUCGCGGGCUCGAAGAGUCUCUUCCUGAAAUCCAGCCACGCGAAUCUGAUGUUGAGUCAGGAGAAGGGAGUUGUAUGUAUUUCCUCGUCAUUUAUACGUGAAUAUUAGAGCCUGAUUUCUCACUCCAAGUUCAUGACACAAUCUCGCCCCCACAGAUAAUUCUGACUUUCGUCAGCCCUUGUUCUCUUUUCUGUUAUUGUUCAGGAAAAUGAAUGUAACUUAUACUUUUUGUGUUAAAACAUGUCCUUACUUCUUCAAAUAGAAGUUCACAAACGCAACAAAGGAGGCUUAGGGUAUGAUGAGAGAGGACCAUUAUCCUUCGUUAAGAAUAAACAUCCUGAAUUUUUGUUGGGUAAGAGACGCUUAAUAAUUUUUUCUUUUCUUUUUCCUAUUCAGCUUACACUCGAGAGACUCGUCUCCCACGCAUGACUUGUAAAGCAGCCAACCGCUGGCACGUCGCUGUGACACUGCUUCGUAACCCGUCUCUUAUCAAAUAUCGAAAGCAGGGUGGUCAGAGAGUUCUGUAUUUUGAGGACCUAGGAAGCAUCAACAAUGAUGAUUUAAACGCUCUUGUUUAG